AUGGCACCUCACAGCCAUCCGCACUUGCCCUCCUUCCUUGUGUUUUCCUCGCUCACCCUUCCUUCCUCACUGCACCCGGCCGCCCGCCCCUGGGGCCACGCUCCCCAGACCCUCCACCUCGGCGAGCGCGGGCCCGGCGGGGCUCGCAUAACGGGCGGCCCCCGGGAAUCAGAGGUCGUCCCCGCCACACCUUGGGCCGUCGGCGCCGUGGCCGCCUCCGCCGGGCACGGGGGCAAAACUGCGGCUGCGGCCACCACCGGCCUCCCUUACGUCGCGUCCGAGACGGUGGGCUCGGACCCCCCACUCCCAACUAACCUCCAGGCGGAAGCAGGAAGUCGAGGGGCCAGUUUCCGGCUGCGCCAUUGCAGUGUGGGGCCCGGGACCUGGACUUCGAGCACGCGGGGAGGGUGGGGCGGCGCCCGGGUUUCCGGGGAGCGGCAGGUGAGGCCGCGUGGGGCGAGCGGCGGCGCCCGGCUGGUCGCUGGCUCGGAGCCCGAGUCUCGCGCCUUCUGUCGGGGCGGCGUCCUGCCUGAGGCUCGGGUGGGCUCCGGCCUCCGGGAGCCGGUCCGGAAGCACGGAGGGCCCCCUACCUUUGCCCCCGAAGUCAGCCGGGGAACAGCCGCUCCCCUGCAGGAGCCCGGCUGUGGGUGGAGGGCCCCGGUGGGUAAGGUCCGUGACCCUGGGAAACUCCAGCCAGAGAGCGGCGGCAAGAAAGGAGUUGGUUCCCACAAACCGCCCAGAGUCAAGGUGAUUCCGAUGAACAGACAAGCAUGGGAACCACUGAUCUCGACAGCUCUGUUACCUCACGACUUCAAGAAAACCCAACUUCAGCUUCUCCUGGACUACCUGCUCUGCCCUCGAUCCAGAGCUGUAAAGAAGUACCCUCAACCAAAUCAUGCUCUCCAUCUCCAGCCUGGCACCUCGCAGGAUCUCUAGACCCGGAGCUGCAUCCCCUCUCACCUUCUUACCCACACAGAACUGAGACUCCCUCCAGCCCCCCCCCCCAAAUUCUGGUCUGAAUCUUGUCAAUUCUUACCACUUAAUAGCUCCAGGGUCUGUCCACAGACACCAGCCUGGUGCAACCCCUACUCCGUCUUCCACCUGGCCUACGGGCAGGAAGGAGCCUCUGUGCUGUAGUGAUCAAACAGUGGACUCAACAGAUGGACUGCCUGGGUCACGGCCUGGUUUCAGCACUUGCCAACCAACGUUGGUCCAGUUGCUCUGUGUCUCAACCUCCUCUUCUGUGAAAAGAGGGGAUGAUAGCCUCUAGGUCUGUAUGAGGAUUAGAAGAGAUAAUGUGAAUAAGUUCCUAGAACAAUACUUGGUCCAUGGUUUCAUGUUUCCAUAAACAUUAACUCCCAUUACUCCUUAUUAUUUCCUCACUUCCUUUCUUGCCACCUUUGAAUUCAUUUUCCUGGAUUAAUCAUUUUCAAAUAAACUCUGAUCCUUCACCUUC